GAGGAAGAGGCAGGGAGGCGCGGGGGGCGGGGGAGGCUCCGGAGCGGGCGGUGACGGCGGCGGCGCGGAGGAGCCAGCGGCUGGGCCCGGGCCCCGUGCGUCUGUCCGCGCCCCGUGGAUGCGAAUCGGCCGCGGCGGAGGCGGCGGCGGAGGAGGAGUCGGUGGGCCGACGCCGGGCCGGUGGGAGCGCGGAGGAUGAGGCCGCUGCCGGGCGUUCCCGGCGUGGCGGCGGCCGCCGCGCUGUUGCUGCUGCUGCUGCCCCGGGCCCGGGCGGACGAGCACGAGCACACGUAUCAGGAUAAAGAGGAAGUUGUCUUAUGGAUGAAUACUGUUGGGCCCUACCAUAAUCGCCAAGAGACAUAUAAGUACUUUUCACUUCCAUUCUGUGUGGGGUCAAAAAAAAGUAUCAGUCAUUACCAUGAAACUCUGGGAGAAGCACUUCAAGGAGUUGAAUUGGAAUUUAGCGGUCUGGAUAUUAAAUUCAAAGAUGAUGUGAUGCCAGGCACUUACUGUGAAAUUGACUUAGAUAAAGAAAAGAGAGAUGCAUUCGUGUAUGCUAUCAAAAAUCACUACUGGUACCAGAUGUACAUAGAUGACUUACCAAUAUGGGGUAUAGUUGGUGAAGCAGAUGAAAAUGGAGAAGAUUAUUAUCUUUGGACCUAUAAAAAACUUGAAAUAGGCUUUAAUGGAAAUCGAAUUGUUGAUGUUAAUCUUACUAGUGAAGGAAAGGUGAAACUGGUUCCCAAUACUAAAAUCCAGAUGUCAUAUUCAGUAAAAUGGAAAAAAUCAGAUGUAAAAUUUGAAGAUCGAUUUGACAAAUAUCUUGAUCCAUCCUUUUUUCAACACAGGAUUCACUGGUUUUCAAUUUUCAACUCCUUCAUGAUGGUUAUCUUCUUGGUGGGCUUAGUUUCAAUGAUUUUAAUGAGAACUUUAAGAAAAGAUUAUGCCCGGUAUAGUAAAGAAGAAGAAAUGGAUGACAUGGAUAGAGACCUUGGAGAUGAGUAUGGAUGGAAGCAGGUGCAUGGAGAUGUAUUUAGACCAUCAAGUCACCCCCUGAUAUUUUCCUCUCUCAUUGGUUCUGGAUGUCAGAUAUUUGCUGUGUCUCUCAUUGUUAUUAUUGUUGCAAUGAUAGAAGAUCUGUAUACAGAGAGGGGGUCAAUGCUCAGUACAGCCAUAUUUGUCUAUGCUGCUACAUCUCCAGUGAAUGGUUAUUUUGGAGGAAGUCUGUAUGCUAGACAAGGAGGAAGGAGAUGGAUAAAGCAGAUGUUCAUUGGUGCAUUCCUCAUCCCAGCUAUGGUGUGUGGCACUGCCUUCUUCAUCAAUUUUAUAGCCAUUUAUUACCAUGCUUCGAGAGCCAUUCCUUUUGGAACAAUGGUGGCUGUUUGUUGCAUCUGUUUUUUUGUUAUCCUUCCUCUAAAUCUUGUUGGUACAAUACUUGGCCGAAAUCUGUCAGGUCAACCCAACUUUCCUUGUCGUGUCAAUGCUGUGCCUCGUCCCAUACCGGAGAAAAAAUGGUUCAUGGAGCCUGCAGUCAUUGUUUGCCUAGGAGGAAUUUUACCUUUUGGCUCAAUCUUUAUUGAAAUGUAUUUCAUCUUCACCUCUUUCUGGGCGUACAAGAUCUACUAUGUCUAUGGCUUCAUGAUGCUGGUGCUCGUCAUCCUGUGCAUUGUGACUGUCUGUGUGACCAUCGUGUGCACGUACUUUCUACUCAAUGCAGAGGAUUACAGAUGGCAAUGGACAAGUUUUCUCUCUGCUGCAUCCACUGCAAUUUAUGUUUACAUGUAUUCCUUUUACUACUAUUUUUUCAAAACAAAGAUGUAUGGCUUAUUUCAGACAUCAUUUUACUUUGGAUAUAUGGCGGUAUUUAGCACAGCCUUGGGGAUAAUGUGUGGAGCAAUUGGUUACAUGGGAACAAGUGCCUUUGUCCGAAAAAUCUAUACUAAUGUGAAAAUUGACUAAAGACCCAAGAAAGCCUGGAACUUCGGAUCAAUUUCUCUUUCACAGGGGUGGAACUUGCACAGCAAAAAAAAAAAAAAAGCGCAAGAAGAGAUUUGGGCUUUAACACUGGGUACUUUGUGGGUCUCUUUCGUGGAUGGCUUAAAGUAACAUCUAUUUCCAUUGAUCCUAGGUUCUUACUGACUGCUUUCUCCAACUGUUCACAGCAAAUGCUUGGAUUUUAUGCAGUAGGCAUUACUACAGUACAUGGCUAAACUUCCCAAAAACUAGCUCAUUAAAGAUGAAAUAGACCAGCUCUCUUCAGUGAAGAGGACAAAUAGUUUAUUUAAAGCAUUUGUUCCAAUAAAAUAAAUAGAGGGAAACUUGGAUGCUAAAAUUACAUGAAUAGAAAUCUUCCUGGCACUAGUGUUUCUACAAUACUGAAAAAUGAUGUUCCAGAAAGAUUACUUUUUUCUCUUAUUUUUACUGCCAUCAUCAACCUGUUGUGGGACAUUUUUAUAUAUUGAACCUGGGUUCUUUUUUGACCUGCUUUUUUUCUGCCCCCAAUUCAACUGCAUCCUUUUUUUUUUUUUUAAGAGAAAAUUUUAAAAUAUUAAAUCCUGCAUGUAAUAUAUCUGCUGUCAUCUUAGUUGGACCAACUUCCCAUUUAUUUAUCUUAAAACUAUCCAGUUACAUCUUAAUUCCAUCCAAAGAAGAUACAGUUUGAAGAUAGAGGUGUACUCUCUACAAUGCAAUUUACUGUACAGUUAGAAAGCAAAUUGUUAAAUGGAGAAGAUAUUUGUUUUUAUUAAACAUUUUGAGAUUUAGAUAAACUACAUUUUAACUGAAUGUCUAAAGUGAUUAUCUGCCCCCUCCCCCCAAGUUAGUCUUACAUCUUUUUUGGGUUUGAAUGAAGGUUUUACAUAAGAAAUUAUUAAAAACAAGGGGGGUGGGUAAUAAAUGUAUAUAACAUUAAAUAAUGUAAUGUAGGUGUAGAUUCCCAAAUGCAUUUGGAUGUACAGAUUGACUACGGAGUACUUUUUUCUGAUGAUGAUUGGUGUAGAAAUGUGUGAAUUUGGGUGGCUUUUUACAUCUUGCCUACCAGUGCAUGAAACAUUGGGGUUUCUUCAAAAUGUGUGUGUCAUACUUCUUUUGGGAGGGGGAUUGUUUUCUUUUGUUUUUCUUCCUGAGACUCCCUACAGGAGCCAAAUUUGUAAUUUAGAAACAUUUAAUUUUGUUAAUCCUGUCUGGGGCACUUAAGUAACAUCUGAAGCAUUACUGCUUUAGAAUGUUAAAAUAAAAUUUCCUGACCAAAUUGUUUUGUGAAAAUACAUGUGUUUGCAAUUUGAAGAUAUCUUUUCAAAAGACAGUAUUACUGAAUGCAGAGGGUUUUUUUUUUUUAUCAUGCUUUUCUGAUACAAGGGACCCAUACUUUAAAAUCCCCAAUAUUGCUUUCAUCUAGAUUAUCCAGUGCAGUCACAAAAUGAAUGAGAAGCCCUUUGAAUGAAAUUGUGGCACAAAAUCUGUUCAGGUCAGUGUACUGUGUAAAGUGGGGAUGGGUAAAAGUGGUUAGUGUACUAGAGGAUGAGCAAAUAAAGCUUACUGUUUCCUAAGAGAAGUAAUUUUAAUUUUGAAUACAUCUUUCUGGAACGGUCCAUAAUGUGAAGUUUUCCUAGAACCAUUGAGUUUCUAGUUUAAUAGUUUGCUAUGCAAAUGACCACCUAAAAACUAUACUGUAUAUUGGUAUUUUUAGAAAGACUCAAAACAUUUUAACCUUAAUGUAUUUAAACCUUAACAUGAAGUUCAUGCCACUCAGAGUUACAUAAGGUGUUUUUAUUACAAAAUAUGUUUCUGUUAAUUAAUAGACUCUGCAUCCUUUAAUAUAGCAUUAAAGACUAUAAAGGGUGGCAAGUUUGAUUUCUUAACCACUUAAAAUACGACUGACAUGAACAAACAGAAAUUUGAUCAAAAGCUAUUGGUAAAUCCUCUUCUUCAAGCCAAAAUAUUAAGUAUAACCUGCUAGUUCCUUCAUUUUCUGUUUUUUCUCACACCUGCCUUUGAGAUCUAAUAAGAAAACUAAAAGUUAGUACUUAAUGGCUUAUAUUAUAUAACUUUUAAACUACAUGUAAAAUUCUUAUAAGAACAUAGAGUCUAUCUGAUAUAUUGUAAAUUGGGUGGCAAGCUUCUAUCUUUAUAAAAUGAAAUUUGUUUCUCAUGAAUCUUUCAGGUAAAAUACAGGGUUUUUAAAGAAUGAGUGGUUUAGCUGCAUUCAGGUACACCAGUUCUUUUACUAAAGUAAUCUGUAUUUGAAAAUCUUUGGAAUCUUCACUGAAAAAUAAUUUUGUAAUAUCUAAAUACGUGAAGAACUAUUAAAAUGAGUAUAAGUCACCUUGAAAAGUCCUUUAGAAAAUAGGUAUUGGUUUAUGGCUUUGUAGAGGGGCUGGGUUUUGUGUGUGUGUGUGUGUGUGUGUAUGUAUGUGUAUGUGUGUGUAUGUCUUGAAGAAGAUGUAAUCCACAAAUAGUUUAGUUCCAUAGCUUUCAGUUGUAGAAUAGCAAAAUAUAUUAUUUAAGUUAAUCAAAGGGUAGGAUUUUUCCACUUCAUAAAUGCUAUUUGUCUUUCAUUUAUUAACAUUUGCUCAACUUAGCAGCUGAAGUUUUGAAUACUCUCACAAACUGGGGACUUGUAUCUGAAAGCACGCUUCACCUGAGACUUAGCUACACUGGUGACAUUGAUGUGUAUACCCUAGCACAAGAGUGGGCUUCCCGAUGGCUCUGACGAUAGAGUCUGCCUACCGUGCGGGAGGCCUGGGUUUGGUCCCUGGGUGGGGAAGGUCCCCUGGAGGAGGGCAUGGCAGCCCACGCCAGUAUUUUUGCCUGGAGAGUCCCAUGGACAGAGGAGCCUGGCAGUGCAAGAGUAGGAUAAGGUGGAAAUGUAGUGACUGGAAAGUUGGGAAAGCAUCCAUCAUGUUGAGCUUCUGGAUUGUAUGGAGUUUGCCCAGAAAUUAAGCCCCAUGCCCUUGGAAUUAAUUACAUUGUGGUGAUUUCUGAACAUAGUGAAUGGUAUGCUUGAGUGUUUUCCAUUGAAGAGUGGAUGGAUCCCUUUAUAAAGGUGGUUGCUGCAAACUCCAGUUCUUCCAAAAACCACUUUAUUCAGGGUUUAUCCACAAAUUGUAUUCAUUUUGAUAAAGCUUUUGUUUCCUAGAUGUUUACUGAUCACCAUAUGCCAAAUGUUUUACAAAUAAAUAUUAGUUGAAGAUUU